AUGGCAUUCUCGAAAAGUCUCAUUUUCGCGAUUAUCUUUAUGGUUUUUGCGAUGGUUGAGCACUCAGAAGCUGCGCUUGAUGCGCAUUACUAUGAUCGAUCAUGCCCCACUGCAGAAAAAAUCAUACUUGAAACUGUUAGAAAUGCUACUUUGUAUGAUCCCAAAGUGCCUGCUCGUCUUCUUAGAAUGUUCUUCCACGAUUGCUUCAUCAGGGGAUGUGAUGCGUCUAUUUUACUAGACUCGACUCGGUCAAACCAAGCUGAGAAGGAUGGUCCUCCAAACAUUUCGGUACGCUCAUUUUACGUGAUCGAAGAUGCAAAGGCAAAGCUCGAAAGGGUUUGUCCUCGGACUGUGUCUUGUGCCGACGUAAUCGCCAUUGCAGCUAGAGAUGUUGUCACCCUGUCCGGUGGUCCAUACUGGAGCGUACUAAAAGGCCGAAAAGACGGGACAAUUUCCCGAGCAAACGAGACUAUCAAUCUCCCAGCACCAACGUUCAAUGUGUCUCAACUGAUCCAAAGCUUUGCAGCAAGAGGCUUGUCGGUGAAAGACAUGGUUACACUCUCCGGUGGCCACACGCUAGGGUUCUCUCACUGUUCUUCUUUUGAGUCCCGUCUUCAAAACUUCAGCAAAUUCCACGACAUUGAUCCUUCAAUGAACUUUGCAUUUGCGCAAUCCCUGAAAAAGAAAUGCCCAAGAUCUAACCGAGGCAAGAACGCAGGGACGGUCUUGGACUCUACGACUUCGGUAUUUGAUAAUGUUUACUACAAGCAGAUUUUGUCGGGGAAAGGAGUGUUUGGGUCUGAUCAGGCACUCCUAGGAGAUUACCGGACAAAGUGGAUCGUUGAGACGUUUGCUGAAGACCAAAAGGCAUUCUUCAGAGAGUUUGCAACUUCCAUGGUGAAACUUGGAAACUUCGGAGUCAAGGAGACCGGAGAAGUGAGAGUUAAGUCUCGCUUCAUCAACUAA